AUGCGAGUAGAAUCAUUACACCAUGAUGAACAUGAAGGUCUCAUACCUUUACAUGGACGGAGUGCUGUUAGAAACAGUACAGUUGGCGUUACUCCUUCUGUUUACGCCCGAACAGUCGGGGUCUCAUCAUCACAUUUGACGGAUAAAACUUAUACCGAUCUCAACAGCAACAGCGGCAUGAUUAACCACACUCUCUCUGGUAGUAAGCAUACCGCUUUUUAUAGUAGUGAUGCUUCUCCUAUACAAACAACAACAAAAACAAUGACUACUACUACUACUACUGCAAAUGGAUAUACUGUAGGGAAAACAUUCGAACACCCCUUAUUGGGUAAUGAGAAGAGCCACUCCGACGGUACAUUUGGUAUUCUUGGUGUUGGUGGAAAUAAAACAGAUAUGAUAGGAGAAGCCACAGCAGCGGCGAAUGCGGCGGCCGUUGCCAUUUCUAUUGGAUCUGCUGCUGGUGGUGGAGUAAAUAAUGCUACUAGUAGUAGUAAUAGUAAUAAUAAUAAUAGUGGUGGAGGUAGUAUAUCAUUACUGGAAUUUAAUGCCCGUAGUGCCUCUGGUAGGAUAAAGAUGUUCGCCGCCUUAUUAUAUGCGGUUGUUUCUAUUGGUAUUAUGAUGUUAACAAAAGCCAUCUUUACAGAGUUUGACUUUCGGUGUUUUAUCUUUAUUGGUUUCUUACAGUAUAUAACCACAACAGUGGUGAGUCUUGUACGAUUGCAGCGUGGAAGUAUAAGUUUCCCAUUACGUGGUGCUUUCCGUAUUUUAUUUGUAGAUCUUUUCCCACUUCCCAUGGUAUUUGUAUUUAACACAUUAAGUGGAUUAGGAGCUACACAAUCUCUUAAUAUGCCACUCUUUGUUUUAUUACGUCGUCUUUCUAUUGCCAUGACACUUGCGGGUGAAGCCUUUUUUCUCCGUUAUCGUCAUGAUGUCUCUACACGAUUAUCUGUUUUAUUAAUGUUGGCAGGGGCAUUUGUAGCGACGGGCUUUGAUGUACAAAAUGUUCCCAUGCGGGGAGUUUUCUUUGUAUUAGUAAAUGAUAUCUGUACAGCAUUAAAUGGAGUAUUAACUCGAUCUCGAUUAGAUGAAGGUCGUCUCUCUUCAGAAGGUGUGAUGUUUUACACAAAUGCCUUUGCUGCCAUUGUUGCGGGAUUAUUACUUUUAUUAAAUGUACGUGGGGAAUUAGAUGAAUUACUACAAGAUACCGUGUGGAGUCCAUCACUUUUAUUCUUUCUCACAUUAAAUGCCAUGGGAGGAUAUGCGAUUAGUUAUUGUACCUAUCUGUGUAUGAAAUUAAAUUCCCCCUUAACGGUUUCUAUGAUUGGGGCAGGGAAGAAUGUUGUCUCUUCUUAUGUGGGGAUGGCCUUUAGAGAUUACGCCUUUGCGUGGCCGUCUUUUAUUGGCGUGAAUAUCUCCGUCGUUGGAUGUGUGCUUUAUAGUUAUAGUGAGAUCCACAGAAUGCUGCGGCGACAGGAGAGUGAAACGCCGCCUCCCCCACCAGCACCAGCACCAAUAACUACAAUAACUACAACAACAGCAGCCGCACAGUCCACAUCCCAUUGGAGUAAGAAGGAAGUGGUAAAAUAA